UAUAUAAUCCGCUCCCCUCCCGCCCGCCGCCGCCUCUGCAUUCCCUUCUUCCCGUGGGAUCCCAGCCGCCGCCGCGAGAAGAAGAGCUCGGCGACUCCCAGGUCUCACGAGAAGAUGCCGAAGCAGAUCCAUGAGAUCAAGGACUUCCUUCUCACCGCGAGGAGGAAGGAUGCCCGUUCCGUGAAGAUCAAGAGGAGCAAGGAUGUUGUCAAGUUCAAGGUGCGCUGCUCCAAGUACUUGUACACCCUCUGCGUCUUCGAUGCUGAGAAGGCAAACAAGUUGAAGCAAUCUCUCCCCCCAGGUUUGAGCGUCCAGGAGGUUUGAAGGAAAGACAACAUCUAGAUGAACUACCGAAAGCUUCCUUGUUAGCAGAGCAUGCUCGUCUAUGUACCUUUGGAACCUACAUGCUUUUAGACCUACCUGUCAUGGAUUUGUAGAUCUCGAAUUUUGGGAGAAAAAUACCAUUUUACUGUGUUCCAGGAUGCAGCUUUUCAGUUUAUUUCGUUUUCUUAACUGCAUUCUGCUUUGGAAUUUUA